UCUUUCCUUCUCAAACAAAUAACUUCCGUUACUCCUAACAAAUCAAAUAAACACAGAAUAUUUAUGGUUUAAUUCUAUUAUAGAAUGGAAGAGAUAUCAAACUUCAAUUAAGACGAAAAAAAAAAGACACAGAAAAGGCACAGACAAGUUUUAGGCCCAUCCUUACUCCAAGACCAAGUGACCUAGACGUUCUGUGGGUACCGUGAAGAGUGCACCAAAUAGGCCUUCUAGUGAAAGACGUGCUACAAGUAAGAGAAAACGUGCAAAUUAAAAAAAAAAAAACACACUUCAUUUAGACUGCUCAAAGAUGCCUAAAUCUAAACAAUCCAGCUCUUCUUCAGUGAAACAGGACCUAAAAGAGUACUGCAAACAUCAUAAGGUAGAGGUAAUCCAGUAUUUCUGCAGAGAUCAUAAUGUUCUUGCGUGUAGUUCAUGCGUAGCUUCAGAUCACAGAACAUGCAAGAAUGAUUACAUUCCGGAAGCGUCUAGAAAUUACGAGAACAGCCAGGAAUACAAGAGCACCCUUCACAUAUUGAAGACGAUUGAUGAAAAUUGUACGAGAAUUGCGCUAAAAACGGAAGAGAACAAAAUGAGAAUUGUACAAAAUCAAACCACUAUCAGAGCUGAAAUUAAAAAGCUUUGUCAAGAAGUCAGGGUCUUAAUAGACAAAUGGGAAAAAGAUCUUGAUAGGCAAGCUGCUGAUCUUCUAGAUAAAGAGAGAACUAAAAAUGAUUCUGCCGUUGAUGAGUGUUAUAAGAUAUCGUCUCAAAUCAAAGCAAUAAAUGAGGACUUGAAACCAUUGCAAGAAUCACACAAAAAUAAUGAACUGUUCAUUCGGGUUAAGAAAUCUGAAAUGGACCUCCAAACAUACACAGCAGCAGUGCGGAAAAUGGCAGAAAGCAAUAUCAUAUGUGAUGUCCAAUUUAAACCUAAUGCUUCCAUUCGAAACAUGUUAAAGAUCGAAAAAAGUCUUGGAGAGCUUGUCUGCACACAGAUCGAAGAAAGUCUGCCAGAAGUUAUCGAAGAGGAGAAGAAAGACAGCAAAAGAAAGGGAGGUUUAUAUGACAGCUUAACUGCAACCUUUUCUGGAAAAAUAGAUAUAAAGAUGGCCACGGAUAAGAAGGCAUACAAUGUCACUGGAAUAGCUGUAAUUGUAACAGAUCAACUUGCUGUUGCCGAUUUUAUAAACAACAAAAUUAAAAUUGUAGACACAAAGCAACAAAAGGUUGUAGGUAAUGCAAAACUGUCAUCAGGACCAUGGGAUGUGGCGCUUCUGCCAGGAGACCAGCUAGCAGUUACACUUCCGGAUGAACACAAGAUACAUGUACUGUCAACAACUGGUGGACUGUCUCAGAUUAGACAAAUGAAAGUUGGUGGUUACUGCUAUGGCCUGGCUUAUAGCGAUGAGAAAUUGGUAGUUACGCUCCAUACAUUUCCCGCAAAAGUUCAAGUUCUUACCAUGGAAGGAGAAGUGCUCAGAACCAUUAAAUUUGAUGAGGCAGGGAAAAGUCUUUUUGUAUUUCCAUGGUAUGUUACUUUAAGUAAGACCAAUAAACAAGUCUAUAUUUCUGAUGCUGACAAGAAAGAUGUAAAAUGCCUGGACAUGGAGGGAGAGGUAAAAUCUGUUUACAAAGAUUCUAAACUGUCUUGUACGUAUGGGCUUGUUGCACUAGAAGAUGGCACUAUAAUGGUUUGUAGCUAUAACAGUAAUACAAUACAUUUAGUGUCAUCCGACUUCAACAAGGGCAGAAUUAUGAUACAGAAUAAAGACGGAAUACAGGACCCACGUUGUUUGGCUGUUGAUUGGGAACAAAGGAAACUGUAUGUGGGCUGUUACCAGAACGUGAACUUGCAGGUUUAUGAUUUAAAAUGAAAAUUUAGACAAUUCCAAGCAAGUACGGAUCUCGCAUCAAUUUUUUUCCUGAAGGUAGUGACAUUAUAAUUAAAUUUUGUAUAUUGACACGACACUGUGUCAAAUGUUGAUGAUUUGCUGGUUUCAUGUAAAAUACUUCUAUGUUGUACAUAACUAAAGAAAGAAUACUGAAUUCGGAAUGUGAUUAAUAUUUUUAUGAUGAUUUACUGCCUGUCUAUAAAAUGUUUCUAUGUUGAACGUGGCUAAAGAAUAUAUAUUAAAAUGACAAUGUGAUAAAUAUUUAUGAUCAUUUGCCAAUUUCAUGUAAAAUGUUUUCUGUUGUAUGUGGUUUAAAGAAAGGAAGAUGUGUAUAUUAAAAUCGGGUUGUGAUUAAUAUUUAUGAUGAUUUAUUGCUUGUAUAUAAAAUGUUUCUCAGUUGUUUGUUUGUUUUGGGUUUAACGCCAUUUUUCAACAGUAUUUCAGUCAUUUAACGGCGGGCAGCUAACCUAACCAAUGUUCCUGGAUUCUGUACCAGUACAAACCUGUUCUCCGCAAGUAACUGCCAACUUCCCCACAUGAAUUAUCAGAGGUGGAGGACGAAUGAUUUCAGACACAAUGUCUUUUAUCAAAUCGUCUCGGAGAACAUACGGAACUCGCAACCCCGCGAUCUGCAGAUCAACGCUCUCCCUACUGAGCAAAGCGGGCGGGCGUUUCUCUGUUGUAGUAUUUGGCUUAAGAAAAUAUAAUGAAUAACAAAUAUCUGAUGAGUUUAAAGACAAUUGCUUCAUUGUUUUAAAGGGUAAAGGAAGUAUCAUGAAAUGAGAACAUAACAAAUAUUAAUAAGGAUAGUGAUUCACUAGCUGUAUGUAAAAUAUUUCUUUGCUUUGUAUGGCUAUUAAAAGAGAGUAUGCGACAUAUGAUAAUGAUGGUUUCCCAGUUUCAUAUAAAAUGAUGUGUUAUACCAUAUGACUAAAGGAAGUACAUGUAUACUGAAAUUAUGAUGUGGUUAAUGAUUAUGAUGAUUUGCCAGUUUCAUGUAAAGGAAACUCUAUGUUGUAUAUGGCUAGGUAUCCUGAAAUGACAUUGUAGUUUACACUAAGUUUCAUGUGACAUGUUUCUGUUUGUUUGUUUCUUUUUUUUUCUGCAAUAAUCGGAAUAUUUUGUAUUAAACAUACGUGUACUGCUA